UCAUUUCAUGUUGUCUCUAACUAAUCAAAAACAUAAAAUGCUCUAUUAUUAGAAACAUAUGUUAUAAGUGCUGGGCAUCAUUCUGCUAGACUUUUAAGGUCGUAGGUUCAUUCCCCGCGCUGAUGAUAAAAAAAACAAUGUUAGUAUUUUAGUGUUUUUAUGUUCAAACCAUUCCUUUUUAACUGGUUCUUUUCCUUAACCUGCAUUUCUGCCUGCCUUUAAGUGUUUUUAUGUUCAAGUAAUUUUGACAAACUCAAGUUUCUGAACAAUGGCACAUGUCUGCUUAUGGACUUAUCCUAUUUUUAAUUUUGUAAGAAGAGCUGUGUUAUGUAUUAUUUUAGUGCAGGAAAACUGGAGUGUUUAGCAGAACGAGAUGAUGACUGGGUGAGUAAAUAAAUUAUUUGUUUAGGUUUAAAUAGCAAUAUAGAAUGAUGGAAACGUUGACUGCCCCAAGUUCUAAGGCUUCUGACUGACGUAGAAGUUACUUACUCUGAUAAAAUAACUAUAAAAUUCCAACUUCUGGCUCUGAUCUCAAUGUAUUUCUAUGCCAAUUAUAAUAAUAAUAUGAUCUUUUGUCAAGCUGAGAAGCAGCCUAUAGUUCUCCCCUGCCUCUACCUGCCAAUAUCUUUCAGCUUCGGAGUUUCGGAGGUAUUUUAUUACAGCCUUUUCUUUGUUUUCUCGUACGAUAUAUCAUCUUGUUAAGUUCGCGUUUUAUGAUUUUGUUGUUGGUUGUAUUUGAUUGUAUUAUCUUAUUAUAUGAGAGUUUGCUAUGAUGCAAGUUAUUUUGGCUCUUUAGACACUUCGGUUAGUUUGAGUUCUUCUUCCACAGUAAAAAGGGAUGCGAAAAUCGAAUAGUUCUAUGAAGUUAGGAAGAUGGUGCGGUGUUCUUCGUAAACCGAUUUUAAUACUGGGUAUCUUAGCUCUCUUGAUUUGCAUUGCUACUUUGUCGAAAUUCUACUCAGUUAGAUCUGUUUUCAUUUCCGAUACCUUAUUCAAUCAUUUCAAUUUUGAGCAUCAGACGACUGUUAGAAGUGAUGACGUACUAGUUACUGUUGAAAGUAUUGUUCGUAAAGUCCGGGAUGAAAUUAAUGAGAUAAAAGAUUUAAGAGUGGAUUCGUCUGUGGCAACACAUUUGUCGAGAUAUACUAAUUUUCUUUCGGAUAUUGUGAGUCUUCUUGAGUCAUUACCAGAAAAAUCGCCCUCUGAUAAAGGAGUUGAUGUGCAAGACAGUGAGAUCAAAGCUGUUCAUCCUCUAUUAAGGCGAAAACAACGAUCAGAUGAACCUGCUGACUUUUUCCUAAUCGAAGAGAUUCGGAAGUAUGUGAGGAUUAAACCUAACAGAUUAGGGAAACAGAAUUUCAUGGGAGCUAAUGGGACAUUCACAAGCAUUGGCCAUGCUUGUUUUGCCAUGAAGAAAGAGCUUGAAGAGUAUAUGGACUACGACGUCGGUGAAAUCUGCAACGACGACUGGAAACUAGCUCAAAGGCUGAUGGUUCAUGGCUGUGAUCCCUUACCGAGAAGAAGAUGCUUCUCUAGAGCUCCGCAACUAUACAGCAAGCCGUUCCCUAUAAACGAGUCAAUGUGGAAGCUUCCUGAUGAUCGGAAUGUUCGGUGGAGCCAUUACAGAUGCAAAAACUUCACAUGUCUUGCCAACAACGCCACUCGCAAGGGGUUCUUCAAGUGUGCAGAUUGCUUCAAUCUCACCGAUCAUGAAAUGCCAAGAUGGAUCAAACACGUAGAUAUUGAUCCCCGGACAAGUAUUGAAGCGGAUUUUCUGAUGCCUGAAGUGCUCAACAUAAAGCGCGGAGGAAUCAGAAUUGGAUUGGACUUCAGUGUCGGAACAGGUACGUUUGCAGCUCGAAUGAGAGAGUUCAAUAUAACAAUAAUCUCAGCAACUAUAAAUCUCGGAGCACCUUUUAGUGAAAUGAUUGCUCUUCGGGGGCUUGUACCACUUUACUUAACUAUAAACCAACGGCUUCCAUUCUUCGACAAUACGCUAGACUUGAUACACACAACACGAUUUCUCGACGGUUGGAUUGAUUUUGUGCUACUAGACUUCAUAUUAUACGACUGGGAUAGAGUUUUGAGGCCGGGCGGCCUGCUGUGGAUCGACAGCUUCUUUUGUUUGAAAGAUGAUUUGAAUGAUUAUUUGGAAUCCUUCAAGUUGCUUAGGUAUAGAAAACAUAAAUGGAUUGUUGUUCCUAAGCUGGAUAAAGACGACGAUCGCGAAAUUUUCUUCUCCGCUGUCCUAGAAAAGCCUCACAGACCAUUUCGUUAGUUAUUUUUUUUAUAGUUCAAUAAAUGGGGUGUUAGAUAUAAAUCUAAAUUCAAUGAAAUAGUUGAUAUAAAUAUACUUUUUUUUAGCAAAUUAGUAACUGUUUUUUCUCUUUGAUUAUGACUCCAAAGUAUGAAAUGUGUUAGUUCUACAUUAUUCAAGGGACCACCUGUACUAAAAAUUGAGUGCGACAUGAUAACCACUAGUACCAGUAGUGUUGGAAUUGUAAUUGAAGAAGAAGGUUGAAAAGAAUGUGUAUGGUGAUUGAGUAAUGAAGUUGAAGUAGAUAAGAAUAAA